UCAUCGGUGCGGCUUCCGGAGCGCCUCUGAACCCCAGCGAGCGGAAAAUCGGAGACGAUGGAAUUUUAAACGCAGAGCCGGACAUGAGCUCAGGCAUAUAACUGUGCAGAGUGUCAGGCAGAGAGGAAGGUGUUGCUCUCAGCGUGAAAAAGUUAACUCCUUUGCACUGGAUGCGGAGAUGCGCAGAAAGUGAUUGAGAUCCUCAUCGCUUCUACAAACCUCAACGAGCAAUUGAAACGCCAUGAAAGACGACUUUGGAGACGAGGAGGAAGUACAGUCUUUUGGAUACAAGAGGUUCGGGAUCCAGGAGGGCACCCAAUGCACAAAGUGUAAGAAUGAAUGGGCAUUGAAGACCUCCAUAGCUCUGCUCUAUGUGCUGUGCACCCUACUCACUAUUGCUGUUGCUGUUCUUGGAUAUAAAGUGGUGCAAAGAGUCGACAGUGUGUCUGAAGGUAUUGCAAGCUAUGGCGGAAAGAUAAUUGCGGUCGAGACAGAUCUAAAAAAGCUUGAUGAUCAAACGGAAGAGAAGUCCGAGAACACCACCACAGAGAUUCAGGCUUUCAAGAGCAACAUCUGGGCCCUGCAGAGGCAGCUGUCUGCAGUGCAGGAACACGUCCACAGCGAUCAGGUCAAGCUGAAUCAAUUGCAGAGUAUUGGCUCAGAGAUUCAGAGCAGCCAGGGCACCGUUCGGGGGCGUCUCAGCAGCAACACAGCCGCCCUGCGUUCGGUAAAUGGCACGUUGCAGUCUUACGGCAACAUCAUUGAGAGUCUGCAGGAGGACACGGCCAGACUCCAGAGGGAGCUACAACAGCAAGUGAAACUGCAAAGCCAGGCGCUUCUCAGCAUCAGCAACCUGAACCUCACGCAGGCCCAGCAGAGAGGCCUCAUUGCAGCGCUGCAGCGGGUCGUUGAUGAAACCAGCCAAGCAAUUCACAAAAUGCGCAACGACUAUCAGAACCUGGAGCAGACGGCGCGUCAGACACGCUCUGACGUAGAUUGGCUUCGUGGAAAAAUGGAAAAUCUGCAGGUCGUAGCGAGCAAUGCCUCGACUCUGGCUAAAGCCAACAAUGACAGCCUGGAAGAUGUGGGGGCACAACUUGCUUUUAUGACCAGCCAGCUGCAGAACACCAGCAGGCUGGCUGAGGGUCAUGACCAGACGCUCAGGGAGAUCAUGGACCGACAGAGGGACUUCAGCAACCUCACAUCCUCAAAGUUUGACCGGGUAGAGAUGCAGGUGGAUGAGUUGGAGGAAAUUAUGGACCGUGUUACGGGCAACAUGAGCCACACCACGCAACUUCUGGGAGCCAUAAACUUGAACCUCAAUGACUUGCGCAGCUGCUCAGAAACCAUCGGCCGUCACUCAGAUGUCCUGCAGAACCUUAACGACAGCGUAUCAGACAUCAGGAUGGAUGCAUCCAGCCUGAGGUCACAACAGGAGGAGCUGGCAGCCCGCUUGGAUAAGGAGGUCACCAGUCUCUCUAUUGUCAUGGAGGAAAUGAAGCUGGUGGACACCAAGCACUCACAGCUGAUAACAAACUUCACUAUUUUACAGGGCCCGCCUGGUCCAAGAGGACCAAGAGGGGACAGAGGACCUCAAGGACCACCUGGUCAGACAGGAUCCAAGGGGGAGAGAGGUGAAAAAGGACCUCCAGGACUCAGAGGAGCUAGAGGAGAGCAGGGUUCACCGGGACCACCAGGUCUCCCAGGGUUAAAGGGCCUCCCGGGUGUACCUGGAAGUCCAGGACCGAAAGGUUCUCGAGGGUCAGGAGGCAGAGCUGGACCUCCAGGAGCUAAAGGAGAACCAGGACAGGCUGGUCUUCCUGGAAGAGAUGGCCAGACUGGUGUACCGGGACUGCAAGGACCACCGGGCAUCCGCGGACCAAUUGGACCAGCUGGGGAGCAAGGCCCAAGAGGUCUACCUGGACCAGUUGGGCCCCCAGGGCCUGUGGGACCACCAGGGCUGCCAGGAAUCCCCAUUCAAAGUCCAGCAAUGCCUUUUCCACCAGUGUCACAGCAGGACGAGGCAGUUCCUCGUGCACUGUCAGCCCCAGGUUGCCCUCUUGGUUGGGUGAACUACAAAAACAAGUGCUACUACUUUUCCAAAGACCUGGAGAGUUUUGAUGUUUCAAAAGCAAUCUGUGAAUCACAACUAGCAACAUUACUGAUCAUCGGUGACAAAGAAGAACAGAAAUGGUUGGAGGGGCAAAUAGUUGGAAAGGGCUUCUUCUGGAUUGGUCUGACAGACAGGGAAGAAGAGAAUGCGUGGCGCUGGUUGGAUGGAACGAUUCCUGUUUUCACGAAGUGGAAGCCCGGACAGCCUGACAAUUGGGGCCACAGCCAUGAGCUGGGGGAAGACUGUGUAGGUCUGAUCCACGAAGGUCUAUGGAACAAUUUCUUCUGUGAAGAUCUCAUUAGCUAUAUCUGUGAGAAAGAACUGGAAACCUCAAAAUCAUAGCAGUUAAAUAAAGGAGCACAGUGAGCAGCUCAGCUCCAUCCUUGCAGCACUGAUUGACUGAAGGGGCUUGUGGACAGUCUGGACAGAGCGCGGAAAGAGACGAUUUUGAAAGGAGUCCGGGGGCUGCAGUUUUCCUUGUGUCUUCAAAGGAGACUCGAGUGCAUCAUUACCAGCAAGUGCAAUACAGCAGGACAUCCAAAUGGAGGAGAAACUGUUAAAAAAAUAAUCAGCAACUGAUUUUUCUAUAUAAAACAUGUUAUAUACCUGUACUUGUACAACUAAACACCUGAAUGUUUGUUUCAUUAGCCAAGUUUUAUAGGGAAGUAUAAGGGCUAUAAAAGUGAAAAGGAUUGUAAUUUUGUAUAAUUCAGAGAUUACAACGUGCAAGAUAAGUAAAAAAAAGCACAUAGCAGACAUACUGUUUUCAAUGAAACAUGUAUCUAACCUCAUGAAUGUGUAUGUACUAUUUUCAUUUAAAUACAAAUAUAAUGAAGGUACAUGUAUAAGGAAAAUGCCACAAUCAAAUUAAUCGGUGCCUAAUUCAGUCAGGCAUUGAUUUCUUCUUUAAGGUCUCAUGUGCCGAUUGUGAAUCUGAGGACUGCAGCACAUAUGAGAGAAAAAAGCUGUAGGUUGUUUGCUGGAGCUAAUAGUUCUGAAUGUUAUAAGAAGUAAUUAUAAGAUUCUUUUUAUUUGGGCAUAAAAGCAUUUGUACCAAAUCUUUAUCUGGUUGUUAUUGAACUCAAAAAAGAGCAUCAUGGUAAAAUUGCAUCCCAAUAUAUUAGAAUGUGAUAUGCAAGUUUCACUUAUAGGGUUUAAAUAUGAAGGUCAUGCAGAUUCAUUGCAGAAGUGGUUUAUUUCAAGCAAUUCUUUAUAAUUAUUUUAAUAACUUAAAAAACAUUACACACAUGUAUUUGUCCCCUUCCUAGAGUUUUGAACUUAGUACUCAAGCCCAGCUGCUAUUGCACAAAAUACUACAUCAAUCCAGUGUGGCAUGGAGGUAAUCAUCCUGUGGUUUUGAUGAGGUGUAAUGAAAGCACAUGCAGCUUUGAUGGUUGCGUUGCUGGCUCUGGAGAAAGAGUCUUGUCACUUUUCUCCCUGACCCAUGUAAGGCAAUCCUGAUAUUUUUUCUGUUCUUCAAGAGUUACUUUGUUUCCUGGAUGUCUGGAUCUGGUGGUUUUUGAAGCAUUAACUCCAGCCUUAGUCCACGUCCCAGAAAUCUGACUCAAACAGGUUUUAAACUUUGCUUUAGAAUCCUCUGUAAGCUGUAGUUAACCUUGUUGCUUGCUCAACUCUACCAGUUUUUCCUUUCACUCAGCUUUCCAGUAAUAUAAUGGAAUACAAUACUUUCCUUCCUUCUCAGUCUAGAUCCAAAGGAUUUCUACUAUUUGCAGGACAGUUAUCAAGUCAGCAGUUUUCUGAAUGACUAUAUAUCAGGACUUCAUAAAAUAUUUCAGUUAAAAUCCUUUUUAUUAUCAGUAAACCAAAAGUAUAAAUUUAACUAAAUUAAUUGCCUGAAACAUAAUCCACUCUCUGUAAUGAAUCUAUAUUUUAAAGUAUCAAGUUCUGUAUUUUAUGACUGAAAUAAAUAUAAUGGCAUUUGAAUUUACUGAAAUGUGCCUGUACAUGUUGAAUGAUGCAUUUAAAGACCAAAAAAGGUUUAAAUGCUAUUACUGAAUGGGGGAGAAAUACCUAUUUUUAAAUAAUUGCUCUGCCAAACAAAAAAUAGAGAAUAAAGGACAAACUGGCUGAUCCUAAUCUCAAGCCAGUUGAUUGGUGGAUCUCUCGGACUGUCAGUGUCAAUAAAACACAGAUGUUGAGCCUU